CCCGAGAUGCACGGCUCCUUCGGCCUCAUCGACCCCGACACCCCCGCCGACGCCCGCACGCGCAAGAGCUACACCAACGACGGCGAGCUCCAGCUCAUCUUCUCCGACGAGUUCAACGUCGACGGGCGCACCUUCUACCCGGGCGACGACCCGUACUGGGAGGCCGUCGACCUGCACUAUUGGCAGACGAACAACAUGGAGUGGUACGACCCGAGCGCGGUGACGACGGAGAACGGCUCGCUCGCGAUCACGCUCAAUGACACGCCGACGAAGGGGAUGGACUACGUGGGCGGGAUGGUGCAGACGUGGAAUAAGUUCUGCUUUACGGGGGGCUUGAUUGAGGCGGCGGUGAUGUUGCCGGGGACGAAUGAUGUGCUGGGGUUGUGGCCUGCCGUUUGGGCGAUGGGGAACCUUGGCCGUGCAGGGUUUGGUGCGAGCUUGGAUGGCAUGUGGCCGUAUACGUAUGAUGCGUGCGAUGUCGGUACCGUGGCCAAUCAGACCAAAAACGGUCGCCCAAUCGCUGCUACGCGGAACGGUGAUCCCGGCCACGACAACGUUCUUUCGUACCUCCCCGGUCAGCGUCUUUCCAGGUGUACGUGCCCGGGCGAGGAGCACCCUGGCCCCAUGCACUCCGAUGGGACGUACGUCGGCCGCGCCGCCCCUGAGAUUGAUAUCUUCGAGGCAACGGUCUCCGACGGUACUGGUUUCGUGUCGCAGUCUGGUCAAUGGGCACCCUUCAACGAGAAGUACGUCUGGAAGAACACCAGCGACACCCUCAAGAUCUACGACAAGAAAGUCAGCUCGCUGAACACAUACUUGGGUGGCGCCUACCAGAUGGCCACCUCCGUCAUCUCGCAGACGAACCAGGAGUGCUACUACGAUGGCCCCGACCCGUGCUUCGCUAUCUACGGGUUCGAGUAUAAGGAGGGCUUCGACGAUGGGUACAUCACCUGGAUCAAUGACGGGAAGGCGGCGUGGACUAUCACCUCGGAGGGCAUGGGUGCGGAUACGGCAGUGGAGAUUUCGGCGCGUCCAGUACCCCAAGAGCCGCUCUAUUUGCUUGCGAACUUGGGCAUGAGUCAAAACUUCGGUUUCGUCGAUGUCGAGCAUCUGCAGUUCCCGACCAAGAUGCUGGUAGACUACAUCCGCGUGUACCAGAGGAGCGACGCUAUCAACAUUGGCUGCGACCCAGAAAACUUCCCGACCGCCGCGUACAUCGCGAAGUUCCCGGAGGCGUACACAAACCCUAACUUGACGACAUGGCACGACGACUAUGGACAGGUUAUCCCCAAGAACAGUUUCCUCGACGAGUGCUAGACUGCUUGCUGCCAUCGCUAGAGUGUGAAUAUGGAUAUUUGGAUAUUCUGGAUCAGGAUUAGAAGGACGGGGGCUAUGGGCCUUUGGCGGUGCCGGCUUUAAGCCUGCGACUGCGUAUUGCGCAGCUACUGUAAAGCACUUCACUGACCUAAUCGUAGAUGCUAGCGCUCCUUACAUUAAUAAAGUAUAAACAGCCAGCUACACAUGGAGUCGUCGAACCG